UGGCUUUUCCCUCAUUCCCACUUCUAAAGAAGCCCGAGACGUCCAUCAUAUCAUCACCUUGAAGUCGAAGAGCCAGCAUCGUGUGACCCAAGUGCUCGUGGAGAGUACCUCAUAAUUUUUUCCAACUCCUGGAAUUUGAUCGUGCAGAAGCAGCAGUCCCAAAAAAAAAAAAUCAAAAAGAAUGGACGCGCAAGAUGAUGUUAAUCAGGGAGAAUUCACGUGGGCAAUCAGCAACUUCAGUCAGCAGAAAGAGACGAAGCUUUACUCUGAAGCAUUCACAGUUUUUGGCUGUAAAUGGAUGAUUGUUGUAUACCCUAAGGGGAAUAAGACGGACCAUUUGUCGCUGUACCUCGAUGUCCCUGAUUCUGCCAUGUUGCCGGACGGGUGGACCAGAAAUGCUAAGUUCAGCCUGUGUGUGAUCGAUCAAAUCAGUAGUGUUCACUCUAUUAGACAUGAGACGCAGCAUUUUUUCACCGUGAGGGAGAAAGACUGGGGUUUCACAAGGUUCAUUGCAUUGAGUAAGCUUCAUAAUAGUACUGGGGGAUACCUGGCGAAUGACUUUUUGGUGAUUAAAGCCAAAGUUUCCGUCUUAAUAGUGACUCCUGUGAAUAUUCAGCCAGCUAGACCUACUGAUAAGUUUGACUCCUAUUUUACUGGUCUGGAGGAACUCAUCAAUGCUGCUGAGACUAAUGGUGUUAGUGUAGGAUCAAGUUUGUACCUCCAAGAUUGUGCUUUGACUGAUGGAAGUCCUAGCUUAGAAGAAACUGAGAAGGCUAAGCAGUCUUUGAAGGAAUGCCUUUCCGAUCUUUUUAGAUUGGGUAUGAAAGAGAGGCUAUCUGAGACACUAUCAACUUUAAGCUCAGCCAGAACUGGAUUAUCAUCGGAGGAAAAAAUAGCAAUUGAGACAUUUCAGGCCAAUUUCAAUGAUUUCACUUCCAACUUCUUAACAUUUGAGCAGGACAAUGCUGAGGUUGAGUUGCAUAAAGUACGAAGGGAUCAAAAUUUCUCUGCUAUGAAGAAAAGCCAUGAGACUCACAUCUUGUAUAAGCAAUUAAUGGAUCACCUUGCCAAGGAAGAGGAAGAGCUCAAAAGAAAGAUGGAGGAAGUGAAGUCUGGGAGGAACAAGCUCCUCUCAGACUGGGAGAUCUUGCUGGUCGAGUCUGAAGAUGUGAAGUCACUCUAUAAAGAUGAGCAGAAGAAAGUAGCAGAGGCUGAGAAAAAGAAGAGAAUAGCCGAGGAAAGAAUGUCUAGAUCAACCAUUGAUUGGUCAAAAUUGAAGGCUCAAUUCUGUUAAAACUUUAAGUUUCACAUAGGCUAUGAGGCUAUUGUUCACUUAGAAGUAUGAAAACUUUGUUUGAGCUUGGUUAUUUUUUGGCCAAUUUUCGACAGAACAAUAGCAUAGAGGGGCAUAUAUGGUUGGUCCUAUACCAUGUUAGUUUAGUCAGCAUAUGAGACAUAUAUGUAUGCCUACUGAGUCAGUUUUUGAUCUCCUCAUAUGAGCAUGGUCAUCACACUUUUUGCUCUUGGAGCUUGGAAAUUCUCAUAAUUGUGAUGUGCUUUA